CCCCCCAGCCCAUGGCGGGGAGCGCACGGACCCCCCAAACCACGGGGAGGACCCCACCUCGGGGGUCCCUGACCUUAAUCCCCUCCCCAGUUUUCACGGGGACCCCAAAUCCAUGUGGGGGGAUACAGAGACCCCCUCCCACUCCACGGGAAUUCCAGCUCCCCUUGGAGCACGGAGCCCCCCCGGACCCGUUUCCGUCCCCGGCGCCACCGAGACGCGGCUGAGCCGCCGCGGGGCCGGAUGCGGUGGCGGAGGCGGGGGGGGGCCCGGGGCGGUCCCGGGGCCGGAUGCGGUGGCGGGGGGGCCGCGGGGGGGUCAGGCCGGUACAAGAAGCGCGGCGGGGCCGUCCCGGAGCACUCGGAGCGAGGACGCGAUGGAGGAGGCGCAGCGGCUGCUGACGGUGUCGGUGUGGAAGCUGUACCGGUGCCGGCUGCGGCGGGGCGGGCUCCGCCUGCACCGGAGCCUGCAGCUCUCGCUGCUCGUCCGCGCCGCUCGCCACCGCUACCUGAGCGCCCGAGCCGCCGCCGAGACCCUCCCGGGGCCGGAGCCUGCCGGGGCUGCGGCGGGCGGAGCGACCCCCGAAGCGGGCAGCGACCCGAGCGGAGACCCCCGGUGCCCGAACACACCGAGCGCGGACAGACUGAGUCCCUGCAGCCACCGGACCGACCCGAGCGGAGACCCCCGGUGCCCGAACACACCGAGCGCGGACAGACCGAGUCCCUGGAGCCCCCGGACCGACCCGAGCGGAGAACUCCGGUGCCCGAACACACCGAGCGCGGACAGACCGAGCCCCCGGACCGAGCAGGAACGAGGGAACCCCCUCAGGCACUGGAGCGGCGACCACCCGACCCUACCGAGCGGAGCCCGCCGCAGUGAACGGCACCGGGGAUGCCUCCCCGGCCGACCGACCGAGGACUCCCCGAGCCCCCCAGCCGGUGACAGCCCGGCCCCACCGACCGCGGAGCUCCGUCCCGCCCCGGACCCCGCCAACCGGGACCGGGACCUCCUCCCGACCGCGGACCCCCGUGCCGCUCGGGACCCCGCGAACUGGGACCCCCCGAGCGCUGCCCCCGGCCCUCCCCGGCCCACCGGAGCUCCCCGGGCCGGGCAGAAGCGGCGCAGCAGCGGCUCGGCGGGACCGGGCCGGGGGCCGGUACCGAGCAAACGGGCGCGGCUCGAGGCGGAAGCGCCGCCGCUGCCCCCGGGGCCGCCCGGGCGCUGCUCGGGGCCGCCCGCAGCCGCCUUCGGCUUCCUGGUCCGCGCUGUCGGGGCGUGCUGAGCCCUCCGCGGACCCCUGGACGCACGGACAUUAACGGGGCUCCACCCCGGACACGCGGAUCCGGUUCUGGAACGCCCCGGGACACACGGAACUUAACGGGGUUCCCCCCCGGACACGCGGAUCCGGUUCUGGAACGCCCCGGGGCUCACGGAACUUAACGGGGAUCCCCCCCGGACACGCGGAUCCGGUUCUGGAACGCCCCGGGGCUCACGGAACUUAACGGGGAUCCCCCCCGGACACGCGGAUCCGGUUCUGGAACGCCCCGGGGCUCACGGAACUUAACGGGGAUCUCCCCCGGACACGCAGAUCCGGUUCUGGAACGCCCCGGGGCUCACGGAACUUAACGGGGAUCUUCCCCGGACACGCGGAUCCGGUUCUGGAAUCCCCCGGACACGCGGAACCAGAACGGGGAGCCUCCAGACUGGUGCGGACCGCUCCGGUGGAACGGAACGGGACACGAACGGACUCUCGGGGCUCCCGGUGGGGCACUCCCUCCCGUCCCGGGGACCAUCGCGCUUGGAGGGGGUGCUCCAGGCUGGCCCUGCCCUCACCCCCUCCUUAAUUGUGGUUAAUUAUUAUUUUGUUAAUCAAAUAAAAGUGGGUUUUGUGCA